GAAUUUAAGUGAUGAAGAACGACUUCAAUGUAGUGAAUGUUUAAAAAAACUCUAUCAAACAAAAUUAUCAUGUAUACAAUCAAUUCAAUAUCUUAUUGAACAACAACGUGAAAUCGAUGAAUGUAUUACUGAUUUAAAAUCAACCAAAAUACAUGCACAAGAAAUAAAUGAAAAAAUAUCUGAAUUAAAUCAAAUAUCUUGGUUAAAAUUAUGUUGUUCGAAGAAAAAAACUCAUUCAUUAGAAAUAAAUUUACAUGAUGAUAAUCAUUUACUUAUUUUACCAUUUCUCAAUGAUCAAUCAAAUCUUAAUAAUUGUAUUUCUGGUUUAAAUGAAAUAGAAAAAGAUUUUGAACUUGAAAAAUUAUUUAAUUCAAUAAAAACUUCUUAUACAUAUUUUUCAACAAAAGAUGAAUUUGAAAAAAUUUUACAUGAAGAAUAUACAUUAUUAUUUGAACUUGCAAAAAAAUUAACAAAAUGCAUACAAAUUCUUCAUGAUACAAUUGAAUUUCUUGGUACAGAUAUUAAAUUAACAUUAGAACAUAUGCAAUUAGCACAACCACGCAUGAAACAAUUAUUAAAAAUUAAAGCGCCUUUAGCUUUUGCACAAGUACAAAAAGAUUUUAUGACAUGA